AUGGUAGGCUACGACAGGAAGCGAGCCUCCGGGGGCGUGGUGCUUCGCGAGCAGUGCACACCUAUCCCUGAGGACGAACCACUGUAAUCUUCAGUUUCUGAAAAAUCAGAAAAUGAGCUUUCCAGGGUCAAAUGUUGUCACUUCCAAUAAAAUAGCAACAUUUUGUUAAAAAAAAAAAAAAAGAAAGAAAGAAAGAAAAUAUGAAAAAUUAUUUGUCCUUUGCAUGCAUUUAUUUACUUUGGAAAUUGAAAUGCACCUCAUGCUUAGUGUGUACUCUGUAAGAAAAUUGUAUCCAAUAGCUCUUUAGCCUCUAGUACGCUUGAAGACAUCAGAAACUAAACACUCUGUGUAUAGGACAAAGACAUCAUCUUUUUCAAGCAGUAUCUUGAUUUACCUGAAAAUGGAAAACCUCCAACACCUAAGAUUGUCAAUCCAGAGAAGGAAAGUGCUACAGAAGCAUCAUACAGUGUAAGUUACAACAUGGCCCUGAGUGGAGAGGUUCAGACGGUUGGAGAAUUGCUUAUUAAACCUUGUGCAAAAGAUGUCGUGAUGCGGUGUCUGAUGAACAGUACAGUAGUAGGUGCAGCACAACUCUCGAACAGCACCGUGGCCAUCGGACUCAACUCUAGCUUCGAUACUGCAGAAGAACUUGUUAGGACACUGAGAAUUUGUGAUGGGUCGUCACUGCGACUAGAUGAGUCAGCUGAUGGUUCAGGACUUGCUGCUGUGCUUAUUGGUUAUAGGUUUAAUAAAUCUACCAAGGAGGACCUACUCUUACGUGAAUCUUUACAGUGAAGAAAUAGUGAAGAAAUAGUCAACUGUAUCAACAAUUUUCUGCAGAGACAUGAAAUUGAAUGGAAGAAAUGUGUUGAUGUUUGCAGUGAUGCUUGUAGGGUAGUGGAUGGGAAAAUUGCUGAGGCUGUCACCUUAAAACAUGUAGUUCCAGAAAGAACCAAUAGUCACUGCCUAUUAUAUCGGCACACAUUAGCAGUUAAAAUAAUGCCCCUAUCUGUAAAAAAUGUGCUAGAUCAAGCGGUACACAGUAUCAAUUUCAUUAAAGCUCGAUCACAUCAAUCCCAGUUACUAGAAAUCUUAUGUGAAGAAAUGGGUGCUCUGCACAUAGCUCUUCUGAGUAUAGAAAUAAGGUGGCUUUCUCCAGGUAAAGUUCUUAUAAGGCUUUUUGAGCUUCGGCUUGAACUGUUGGUUUUUGUGGAUUCUGCUUUUUGACUAUCUGAUUUCUUAACAAAUUUGCUGCUAAGACUUGCAUAUCAUGCUGAUAUUUUUACUAAAUUGUGAUGGAAUGAUGUUAAUAUAUCAAUGCCAGGAAAGAAUGUCCCAAUGUUUACAGUGUUUGAUAAAAUAUCUUCAGUAAGAGAAGAAGAAAACUUGGUUUUCCUACACUCUGAAUUUUUGACUGAUAUUAAUUCUACAGUGGAUAAAGAUAUCUGCAGUGCUAUCAGGCAGCAUCUAAAGGGUUUUCUUCUCUACUCUUUUAAAAUAUUUUUCUGUGACAAGUGAUAAUAAUACUUGAGUUAGAAAUCCAUUUUUGGCAACUGUUAAACCAGCCUCAUUAGUAGCUCAGAACCAUGAGAGCCUGAUUGAUUUAACAUCUGAAUCCCAAGUGAAGGAAAAUUUCAGUGAACUGACACUGAAUGAUUUUUGGAGUAGCCUAAUUCAAGAAUAUACAACAUUGCAAGAUGUGCUGUCCACGUACUUCUUCCUUUUACAGUAAUGCACCUGUGUGAAACAGGGUUUCAUGUUAUGCUGACACAAAACCAAAAUAUAGGAAAAGACUUAAUGCUGUGGCUCAUAUGUGGAUCUGCCUUAGCAACAUCAUACCUAAUAUUAAACCAAUAUGUGGCAAAAGACGGGGAAACACUGUUCUCAUCAAAAUUGAACGACUUUGCAUGUCUAUUGUUAAUGUAAGGUGAAAAUAAAAGAUGAAUUCAUCUCUAAUACUGAGAUUUUAAGAAACUGAGUCAAAAAUUCAAAUAUGUUAAUGCCAUUAUUUCUUACAUUGUAAAUUUCAGAGGAUUCCAUAAAUUACAACUAGAAAAUGACAGUCUGUAAAACUAAAUUCUGGUUCCUUAGUGUAACACAUUAGGAUAUGCUCCCUACCUUUUUUCGAAGCA